GAGAAAUGGAUUGAACACCUUUUUGCUGCCAGAGAUGUUUGCUUGAUAAGCAGGACAAGUAUAUUGAAGAUCCUUCAUUGAAGUACUGACAGAAGAAUAUACUGAAGAGAGAAGACUUCGUAAAGGAUGUUGAUGCAGGUAUAGCUGUGGAGCUGACGACUUUGUUAACCAGAUAAGUUUCACAGAGGGCACCAAACACUGAAGAGACGCAUUUUCCGUUUUUAUUUGACUCCUGAGUUGGUACGCUCCUGUGGGAAGACUUUGUGUCAGUGUGUUUCGACUCCAGAGCAGUCCGUCCGCACUGGCCUGAGGGUAUCCCACUGCCCAAACCAAGGGAUUUGACUGAAGCCGGUGGAUGCACGACAGAAGUGGCGGUGUGCUGAGAUAGAACACCCACCUAGCUACAAGGGUCCUGCACACGCGACAGUGUUCCACCAACCACAGCAGACGUGCAAGGCUUGUCAUCGACGCGCCGAGCCGAUCUGAACCAGGUUUCCUGAUCAGGACUCGUCAGAGAUAAAAGAAAAACUUCCCUCCAUCCGGACACCCACUUUGUGUGUGUGCUGCUUCACCAGUGAGACAACAGACUUAGCUGCGGGGAGGUGACUAUUCGUCAAACACCACAGGAACUUGCCUCCCGAGCGAAAGCUGGAGAGAGAGCUUCUGCAAAUAUUAGUGGAAGGGAAAAGUACAGCCUUGGUGCAUUCCAGCAGGGAGGCAAGUUUGAGGAGGGGACCUCCUGCCAUGCUACACUGAGCCCAUGCUCUCUGGUGGAAAGACUCAUCGGAGGGAUUAGCUACUAAAACAAUUGGUGGAAAAACGGCCGCUGUAAUCAGUCGACCGACACUCGGUGGUGCCACCAUGGAGAGAGGAACAGGGGCUGCACUAGGGCUCCUGCUUCUGAUGACACUGUACAAGAGUUCACAGGCCAUAGAUGCAUCGACAUGCCGAUACUCCCUGGGUAUGGAAGACAAGAGGAUCCCAGAUGAGGACAUCUCUGCAAGCUCUUCACAUUUUGAAACAGUCGGCCCAAGUUACGCAAGACCUUACAUAACGCGUCGGAGACUAAGACAAGAUGAGGGCGACGGAGCGUGGUGUCCACGGAACAUGGUCACCGACGAGUCGUACGAGUACCUCCAAGUCAACAUGCGUACGCAGCGCUUCGUAACAAUUGUGGCAGUUCAGGGGCGCUAUGAUGAGGGCAUCGGGCGAGAAUUUGCCCGCAGGUUCCGCUUAGAGUACAGCCGGGAUGGGAAGGUUUGGAGACGAUGGAAGGACAGGACAGGCAAUGAGCUCUUGGAAGGGAACACUGACUCCAUGACGCCAGUGUUGCGGGAUCUGGACCCGCCGUUUAUCGGGAACCACAUCCGCUUCAUCCCGCUCAGUAACGACCCGGGCGUGCCACAGACCGUCUGCAUGAGGGUGGAGAUGUACGGCUGCGAAUGGAACGACGGCCUGGUAUCCUACUCCAUGCCUCCGGGACAGAGCCGCGGUGACGUGCUUGUCAACGACGCCACCUACGACGGCGCCAAAAGCGCGACCCUGGUGUACAGCGGACUCGGCCAGCUCACGGACGGAAUCACCGGCCCUGACAACUUCCUCCUAGAUGCCAGCGGCAUGUGGACCGGCUACGAGUGGGUCGGCUGGAAGAACACGACCAAGGGAACUAAACCCGUGGAGAUCGUGUUCGAGUUUGAGAACGCGAGGAACUUCACGACCAUGAAGAUCCACUGUAAUAACUUCUUCCUGCGGGAGGCCAAGGUGUUCGAUGAGGCAACGAUAUCCUUCAGCAUCGAGGGGACCUACUACUCCCGCACUCCCAUAGUGUACAAACACAUACUGGACACUAACAACUACAGUGCACGAUGGGUGACCAUCAACUUAAACCACAACAUUGGAAAGUUCCUGAAGGUUCGCUUCACCUAUGCCGACAGUUGGAUGUUGUUUAGUGAGGUGUCCUUUGACUCAGUGACUGGCAACUUCAGCCACCUUACUGACGAAGAGUAUGUAGACCCAAUGCUUGUGACAGAGACAGUGCCUCUGCCCAUCGAGAUUCCAAACGGGGAAAUCGUUAUGGACGGAAGCGCCACUUCUCUCACAACUGUAGACCCUAACGGCUCGGAUCACACAGUUGUUGCGGCCAUUUCUGCAGAUGGGAAUGAUACAGAAGUGACCACAGUUGACACGUCCAUCACAGAAGUGGACGGUCAGAGCGGCCUCCCCAAUGUGGCCAUCAUCGUGGGCAUCCUGGUGGCCAUCAUCUUUGUCCUGAUGGUGGUCAUCCUGCUCAUCUUGUGGAGACACAAGAGGAAGACCAAGGCCAAGCCUCCAAAAGAAACGAGAGGAUUUGAGCAGCACAUUGCGCUGAACGUGUGCAUGCCUAACGGACACAACAACCAGCCCAGCGUACGUCACGCCAACCCGAGCUACCAUCGCAUCCGCCCCAACGAUCCCGAGUACCAGGAGCCGCACAACUUCCUGAGGAAACUUCCCGACCUGCCGGCACUUCCCGCGCCUGUCAGUCAGUCCAGGGAGAACUCAGGUGAUGCUGUGUACGCCGAACCAGACUUCAGCCUCUGCGCCGCCAACCCGAACGUCAAGAUCCCGCACUACGCUGAGGCUGAGAUCGUCAACAUCCAGGGCGUGGCGGGAACCAACACGUACGCCGUCCCCAACGUGAACAUUGACAUGUACUCCACCUCCACUCCGCCCGAGUUCCCCCGACACAACCUGCACUUCCAGGAGAAGCUAGGGGAGGGGCAGUUCGGAGAGGUUCACCUGUGUGAAGCUGAGGGGAUGAGAGAGUUUGUUGGAGGAGACUUCUGCCUCACCCACACAAAGGACAAGCCUGUGCUGGUGGCUGUGAAGAUGCUGAGACCAGACGCUACCAAAAAUGCCAGAACUGACUUCUUUAAGGAAGUGAAGAUCCUUGCGAGGCUGCGGGACCCUAACAUCGUGCGACUGUUGGGCGUGUGCACGCGGGACGAGCCCCUGUGCAUGAUCGUUGAGUACAUGGAGAACGGGGACCUGAACCAGUACCUAUUCAAACACGAGUUUGAAGGCGCUGUUCCUUCAGCUUCAAAUGCACCCAUGCUUGGAUUGGGGGCGCUGCUGUACAUGGCUGCUCAGAUCGCAUCUGGCAUGAAGUACCUGUCGUCCUUGAACUUCGUGCACCGCGACCUUGCCACCAGGAACUGCCUGGUGGGACCGAGGCACUCGGUUAGAAUAGCGGACUUCGGGAUGAGUCGGAACCUGUACUGUGCAGAUUACUACAGGAUACAGGGCCGCGCCGUACUGCCGAUUAGAUGGAUGGCCUGGGAGAGCAUUCUCAUGGGUAAGUUCACCAGCCAGAGCGACAUCUGGGCCUUCGGCGUGACCUUGUGGGAGAUCCUGACCUUGGCCAAGGAGCAGCCGUACGCCCACCUGAGCGACGAGCAGGUCAUCGAGAACACGGGAGAGUUCUUCAAGGACGAGGGCCGUCAGGUGCACCUGUCGCAGCCCGCCAUCUGUCCCAGCGACACCUACGCCAUGAUGAGAAAAUGCUGGAAGAAGGAACCAGAGAACAGGCCGACUUUCGAGGACCUCUGCAUGUUCUUACAGAGAAAAACAUUGGCUUCCUCACACAAGUAUGAUGAUGUACAGAUACAUAGAAAAUAUAUAUAUGAGCUGCCUUCAACAUUUGAUUCACUUAUCACGUUUUUUUCAAAAGGACUACAAAGAUCUUGACGAAAUUUUACAUCUGAGAAUUGUAUCAUCACCGUUUACUUCAUCACGUUAUGUUGGAAAAUUAACCCUCAACUUGUCUGCACUAUGGCUUAUAGAUUAUUAUGAUAAUAUGGGGCAGUAUUAUAGAAAGGGUGAAUCCUAGUCUGUACAGAAAGUGUUCUUGAUUGUAUUUUUUCCAUUAUCAUACUAUAGGCCACAGUCCAAUUAUUUUAUAGACAGUUGCCUCUGACAAGUCUUUUUGUCGUACAGUUGAGUGUUAUUUUUGUUUAAGUCCGUGAGCCAAAAAAUAGAAUCGGUGCACCACGAAACUUGAAGGGAAAAAUUUGUGUUGCACUACCACGUAUGUGUGAGAAGCUUAAAGCUGUUUUUUUGUGUUAUGUUUUAUAUUAUUGUACUAUUCACCAUCGAAUGAGUUUGAAAAUUCUGUAAUAUAGUGUCUGUGACAUGUAACCAUAUUCAGGAUAAAGCUGUAUCAUAAUUUUAAGUAUUAUCAAUAGAUGUAAACUUUUAAGGUUUUUUUAUGUUGAUGUACAGUAGUGACUGUUAGUGUUGUAAUGAUUUUUGAAAACUCCUCAUUUGGUGUCAAACUUGUUUGUAUCUUGCCAGUUUUACUGACAAAUCAGGAAGGCAUCUUGGACAAAACCUCUGUAGUGAAUAUGUCUACUUUGAAAAGUGUUCACCGGAUACUUUGUGAUGAUGUUGUUUGUAGUUUGUGAAGGACACAAAAUGAUUUUUGACAUGUUCUCUUUUGAUGGGUGUGGCUCUCCAUACAUGUACAUGUACGUCAAACCAUUUUCUUGCCAAUUUGGUUUAGCUAUCUUCGUUAAACAUUUUAAAUAGUUACAUAAACGAGUGUCUAUACAGGCAACACGAAUUAGAUUCUUUGGUUUUCGAUUUCCACCAUUUAAACUCGUAAUAAUGGAAGCAUCAAAUCUACACAGUUUUCAUUCUUUUAAUAAGUCGAGACGGCCAUAUUUGUCAAGUCAAAAGACAACUUUUCUUGCAAGAUCUUUCAAGACAUCUGCAGCCUUCAGAUGGCUCAAGUAGAUGUUACCUGUAUAAUGUCUUUUUUUAUGAUAUUUUUGUAUGUAAAUAUGGCAAGGCAGAGAGCUCAAGAAGAAUGUGACAGGGGUAUGUGCAGUGCCAAGCAUUGAAUUAUAAUCUACAAACUCUGACGUGUAAAUUGGAAAAGAGAAAGGAAAAUGUUGCAGAAUGUUGUAAAAAAAGCUGCUCUAGAUCUUACGGUAAAUGCAGAUUAGGGAUUUUAGCAAAUCAAAUCUUAUACAGAAAAGGUUUUGAUCCUGAUUGCAAGUACUAGUAGAUCAUGAUUUUAAUUAUGUCACUACCUGUUCUUUGUUCGACAUGUACAUGUAUAUCUAGCUUUCCAUGCAAUACUGAGUUAGUAGUAACAUGCCAACACAUGAUUGUAUUAUACAGGUUUAGCUUAGUUUUUCGACACUUCUGUAGUACCAAUGUGUAAAAUAUCCUUAUGAAGGUAAACAUAUCAGUUCAUUUCAUUUGCUAGUAAGAACCUUUAAAUCAAAUUCCUUCAAUCCAUUUUAAAAUACUUGAUGCGCAAGCCACAUUUUCUUUCUUCUAUUUAAAUCUCGUUGCUCCAACUUUUUUAAGGAAAAAAAGCAUUUAGAAAUGAACUGACAUGUAUUGAAGACAAUAAAAAGUUCAGUUAUGUUCAGUUGACUUUAAGAUGAGAUUCCAAACACUUUAAGUGGAGUCUAUGCAAAGCCAUGGUUGUUAUAUUACGGUUUUUAUGAUUAAACUUUUCAUGUUUGUUGCAAAAAUGUAUUCUGUUAACAGAAAGGAGACAUUCUUUAUGCCACAGUUCGUCUAAAAACUUUUAGGACUGCAGAUUCAUAUUCUUGUGGAAUAUUUUACAGCCAUCAUAUACUUUAUUCACUCUUAUUGUUCCUUCUUACUUUGUAUUUCACAUAUAGUAGCACAAUAUCAAAACAACCGCCAUGCAUUUGUUUUAAGAAAUAUACUGCAUACAGGUAAAUCUGCUGUCAACUUUCAGGAUACAUAUACAUUGUACAUGCAUCUACUAGUAUAACAGAAAUGGAAACUUAAGCUGAUAUCUAUACAAUUGACCAUUCAUUCACUGUUACAUGUACAUGUAUGUGCUGAGACUUGUAACUAUGUAGCUGUACGCUCCAUAAAUGUACACUUUGGAAUUGUAACUUCUACUCUUGUUAAGAUGUAUUUUUUCUAGUGUGUGACAAAUGUUUUUGUUCAGUAACUGACUCGUGAUGUAGAUUGAUUGAUCUGUACAUAAUAUCUAUUCUUGUGACUAAAGGUGGAAGGAAGCUGUGGUAAUGGUAUUAUUAUUAUUGUUAUUAUCCCCUUAUGAAAUGAUAAUUCUAAGUUGUGUAGGACUGUUGGGAGUGGUGUCUCCUUGUCCAACCUUGCUGUAUGUAUAACAGAGAAGACUAAAAACACAAGUAAAGAAUCUGGAACCAA